UGCUCCCGGCAUCCCUGCCUCCUCCAACGCUGACGUCGCCGCCACCAUCGGAGGCCGGAGGAAGCGUCGAGCGCCGCCGGUCCAAUCCUCCGCGUCCAUCGGCCGCCAGCGAAGACGGUCGCCACUAGGAGAAACCCUGAGCCGAACUGAAGCUAGGCCGUUGGUCCUCGUCGUUGCUCCGCCGCCGGAGAAGCGCCGCUCGCUUGAAGCCCGGUGCCGCCAUCUGUUACCACCACCGGCCGAGUUCCGGCCGUCUCCGUAAUCCUCCGCCGCAGUAAUCUUCUUUGGAGCGUAAUUCGAGAUCAAACUUCUUGUUUCAAAAAACGCAAGGAUGGAAUUGAAAUUGAAGGCACCUGCCUGUGACAAAGAUAAUGGUAAUGGCAAUGAUGGAUCUAUUACAGUGAGAAACAAGUAUCCUCGGCAGCCUGCCCCUGUUGUUUACCUUACUGAGGACCGCGGUUGGAGUUUCUAUGAGAAGUUUCUGUAUCAAAGGUACGCUGAGAUGGCCAGGUCCGUAGUAAAUGACAUAAUCAUCCAAGACCCUACUCCUGAGUGGGUGUGUAAUACAUUCUUCGACAAAUAUGACCAAAUGGAGCCCAUCCUUGAAAAGGAUAGCGCCCAGUGCUUCCUCCAAUUUUUCAAGAAAUGCGCAGGCAGGGGCAUGACAUGGAAUUUUACCAUCACUUCACAAACCUUAACCCACAUGAUCAGUUUCAAUGCCCUGCGGUGUGCAGAAGUUGUAUUGGAGGGCAAGGCACCUGAGCUCUCUGGGUUGCAUGCCAAUCCCAACUGCAUAAACAACAAUGGAUACUUCCCGCUCCACGAAGCUGCUGAAAGGUUCUCUGUUGAGAUGAUCGAACUGCUCUUACGCCAUGGCGCAUCAGCCAAUGUACGCACAGUUGGCAAUGUUGUCAUUGAGAACCUACUCCCGCUCCAUGUUGCAGUUGAGAAUACUUGCCUGCAUAAGUAUCUGGCGGACAAUCUUUCUUCCUGCCGGAACUAUCUGGAUUACAUCUACAAGCUUAUCCAUCUGUUGUAUCUGCCUGAAAUGAAGAUCUUCUUGGAUACAACUAGACUGCUUGCAGAAAAGACAAAUAAUCUACUUGAAGAGGUCUGGAUUUACAUUGAGGGUGGAAAACUUAUCCAGUCUGCAGUUCUACUGCUUGCUGCUCAGGAGCAUAUCCGUGGGAGCUGCUCCUCCAAUAUAAAUGGCAGUAGUAAGAAAGAUGGGUUUGAAAUUAUCAAUAAGCGUCUACUGAGGCAAUCCAUUGCCUUAAGAUGGGGAAAAGGCUCAAAUGAAAUGACACAGAAGCUUCUGGAGGAAAAGAGAACACUUAAUGAUUGUGCAAGGCUGCUUGUUGAUGUAAUUUCCCAUGUUGUUGAACCUCUUUCAGCAUACAUUCAGGCACAUUCAGAGGCAGCUUGUCAGCCCAGGCAGCAGCGCCAGCCACAGGCGUCCGAAAUUGGACCCCUGAGAUCGCUGCCUGCGCCAGGCAAAUUUGGCAAGACUCGAAGCAAACAGGCCCUAAAUGAGGUGUCCCGAAUGGAGGUCUUGGAACAUGUUUCAUCUAUCCUCAAAGACUAUGGGUUUCUCCCCACUGAAGAAGUCAUGGACACUAUAAACCUCCAACCUUAUGACUGCAAAAUGUCAGACAAAAAGUCAUGUAGCAAAGGUGCAAACAGAGCAGUUAUGGAAACGGCUAUUCUGCAUGCUGCAGAGGAAAAGGCUGCAAGAACAGAAGUAGGUGGCGGAUGGGAUCCCACAUAUGCAAGGAGAAGUUAUUUCCCAUAUUGGAGAUCACUGUUACGAACCCGUUGUCCUGUGAGAGUGUAUCCACCCUAUGCAACAGCAGAGGCUAAGUUCCCAAUGGUCAAUGGAUGUACUCCAAUUACAGAUCAUAAGCUUAGUUCAGUGGGAAGAAUCACAGCACUUACAAGCAAUCAACCCAAAAGGAGCUUUAGCACUGCUGCUAUUGGGGCGUUCAGGCUCUUGAAAUUGCUAAAGCAUGCAUGAGUAGAAAGGUGCCUGGUGGCAAAUGGGUGUUACAACGUGCAAGUUUCUCCAAGAUCGAGCUGGUUGGUCACUGAGUGUUGCGUUUUUUUAGUGGAUGUUCCCAAUUAAAUGGCAUUGAUGUGGCUAAACCUUAUGCUACUAUGGCCUUUGUGUGUUAAUGGCCGUGUAAUACUAACUGAAUAACAAUUGUGGGUGACCUGGACCUACACAAUGCCUUUGGCUUAAUGCAAUGGGAAAUGUGCUUCCCCCCCCCCCCCC